GACGUUGAUGAGUGCAGUCUGGUAGAACACAAAUGCGAUUCAAAUGCUGAAUGUAGAAAUAACGUUGGAUCCUACAGCUGCAAAUGUAGAGAAGGAUUUUCAGGAGAUGGCCAAACGUGCUCAGGUGAGAAUUGACUAUUAUCCAUCAGCAAUUCUACACAAAAACCGCAUCGCAUUCCUGUCGUAACACAAAAAGGUCUAGAUAUGAGUCCUUUUCUUCAACUUCUGCAUGCUUGUUCAUGUGCCAUUCAUUUUAUUGUCUGAAUAAAGGUAGAGCUUAGAUUAUAAACAGCGACCAAAUUAGCUAUUUGAAAAUAAAAAACGUUUAGAAGCUAAUGUAAUCUUUUAGUGUUAUCCAUUCCACCAGGCCUCUCAUCAAUGCCUUGCUGUUAUUUUCAGAUAUCGACGAGUGUGCAUUGAUAAAUAAUAAUUGUUCCAAGGGUGGCGCCAAUUGCACAAACACUCUGGGGUCAUUCAACUGCACCUGCCAAACUCAAUAUUUCUGGAAUGGAAUUGAAUGUGAAGGUUUGUUUUCUGUAUCUCUAUAUGAUAAAAUUUUAAAACCAAUUAGAAAUAGCCGUCUUUCUGGUCGUCUGUCUGGUUGUCUGAGCCUUCAUUUUUUCGUCUUUCGGUGUGUCCAUAUGUUUAUCAUUCUGCAUUUCUUUUGAAGCGUUGGAAUAGGCCACUUCCGAAUUCUCAGACAUUAGUGAUCUGGUGCCGAAAUUGCGGCGUGAGAACGAGGCUAAGAGCGAAGUCGCCUCAUGGGUAUACAGAAUAAAAAGGGGUGUGCUAAUGAACAAAAAAUUUCCCGAAACUCGGUGUUGGAGAGUGAAAAAUUAUUUGUGGGCGAGAGGUUUAGUGAUGGCGGCAAAGUAAGAAAAAAAAAGCCGAACUGUUCAAUUUAAGCAGGAAAACAGAUCAAACAAGCCGCUUCUACCGAACACCGCGCAAUGAACGAGAGAUACUUUAAAAUGCACAACUUGCUUGCACUUUUGAUAAUUUUUCAUGCCAACUUUAUUUGACCUGACUGAUGAUUUCCCCGUUUCGUCCCCAUUUAAACGCUCUAAUGGAUCAUCGCCAAAAUUUAUUUUCGAUUCCGGUGUGCCUGUAAUACAAGGGUGGCGGGAUUCUAGCUCGUUGUAAAAAAUAAUUUAACGGACUGGCACUCGCCCUAUAGCAAAUCUAUUCUUUGAAGAAAGAAGGUAAUUGGAAAGUCAAUGCCGAGCUGGUUCAAAAUUUUCCGUAUGUUUUUACACAACAUCGUCGCAGUAAUGUGUCAAGUGUCUUUUUAUAUCAAAAGAGGGUGGUAAUAAUGCAUAAAUAUUCCUGACGAUGAAUGAUGAUGCAAUCAAGGUCAAAUUAAAAUGAUGCAAUCAAGGUCAAAUUUAAACCAUGUGAUUAUCAUUUCCCUUUUGAAUUGCAAUAAACUUUCCAGCCGACAGUUGUUAUAACUACUCAAUUCUGAGCAACCCUGAAAGAAAGAGUAGUUACAUUACACCCCAAGAAACUGCAGGUUCGUGUGACAGCUCGCUAGCUGAGGGAUGGUAUCGUUUUGUGGGAGCUGCAGGGACAAAAAUGCCAACAACGCGUGUGCCAGCAUUCAGAUGUGACGCAGACUGGUCAGGUUGGUUGAAAGGUGCUGAACCCACAGUGGAAGAUAAUGAAGUCAAAAGAUUGGUCUGCUUUAGUGAUCGUUCUACAGGUUGCAAAUUCACAAUAAAUAUUUUGGUGAAAAACUGUGGAUCCUACUUUAUCUACAAAGUGAGAUCACUGACAGAUUGCAAUUCGCGCUACUGUGGGACGGAGGGCUAAAAAGUUAAAAAAAAAAUUGAAUGUGAAGGAUUUUUAAGUUCCUUUGUAAAUACAUCUAUUGUUUUAUAUUCGUGUAAAUUUUAACUGGCCCUGUUAGCGUGUAGUGAUUCAGAAUUAAUGUUUAUGAUUUUCUCUUAUUUACCGCUCUUCAAGUUGAGAUUGACUGAAAGUCAUUGCAUUUUUGUGUCAUUUCAUGGUAUGUUAUUUUCUCGGUUGCAAGUCUCUCCCGAAGUCACAGUUCUCUUCGAAGUUUCGCUUAAACUGCUCUUCAACGUAUAUGCAUGAUUAUCGAUCUGGUCAUAUGCAGGCAUUGAAAAUUUAGUUUCCCUAAUUUGCGUCGAAAAGACAUGAAGUUACUGAAUAUAAUCGAUCGCGAAAGAAAACUUGAAGACCUCGACCUCUUACUUUACUUUUACAAAUCAGAAACUAGAAAGUGUUGCAACGAGAUUGCUCAGGUGACUAAUUAAUUUUGGCCAGCAUUUAAGCAAAAAAGGAUUCUAAUUGGUUUAGGUGUAUCGCAUAGAGCGCAUAAUCUGAGCAUAGCAAUAUGAUCACAGCAAUUAUUUACUGAUGGUUUGUCUUAAUGUCGAGAUAUUUCUGAGUUGUUUAAAACAUUACAGAAAGUAAAUUUUCUCUUUGAAUAAUGGUUCGAUAACUGCUCGUUCUAUUUCUUUAUUUUCGAGCUAGUAUUAGACCCUAACUAUUUACACAUACAGCCACGAAAACACUGUAGAUGAACCUCUGUAAUACAAAAACCUUAUAGACUUGGGGAAAGUGUCCGUAUGAGAGAUAUGUCCGUUUAUCUAAGUUCAGUACAGUGUAACUCUCAAGAUUGAAGAGUCUAUAAAAACGUGAACAGCACACUCGUGCUUCUUUUCUCUGAGUAUAAAGAGACCAUGAUUGUCUGAGACUCAGGGUGCGUUUUCCUUAUUGGAGAGGGUCUUCAUCAGGAAGGUUCCUUAUUACAGAGAGAAUAAAUCAGAAUUUUGAUCUGGAUAUAGAAAAUUGUCGGCCGUACUUACUAGCGAGGUGUCGGUAUUGCAGAUGUGUCCGUAAGGAAUGGUUCAACGGUACCAUAAGAGCUUUUGUAUUUAACAAAAAGUAAAAAAAAAAAAAAAAAGUUAUCCUGAUCCCUCGCUAAAAGUUCAACGUUGCAACCAAUUUUUUAGAGGAUUGCUAAAAUGACUGAAAAAAUCUUGGUGAACAAACUUAAAUUUACAUUCUGUCGAUACAGACGAAGAAAGAAAAAUGCGAAAGAUUCGUUGAGAUUUACAUUGUACGAUAAGGUAGCACCUCAAUUGUGUAUAUAAGUUUUCUGUAAACGGUUGGAGUAGUUUGAUGCAUAAUUUUUAAGACGAACGGUAAUUUCAGCAAAUACUUGAGCUUGACGUACUCAUUUUGACUAAAAAUGAAGUACAAUGGUUCGCUUUCAGCUAUGUUAAAAAAAAGUACAAAAAAUUUGUCGAUUCCUGGCUCAAACUGUAUAUACAGACUUUAUAAGGGCUAAGAAUUAAACACAUAUUUAAAAAAUAAAAAUUAAUUCAUUAAUUCUAUUUUUUAACAACAUUAUCGAGGUAAUGGUUUUUAAACGAUUAUGAAAAAAUAAAUUGAUGGAAAGAUAUAAGAAGUGCAAGGCUUAAAUGAAUAAGGUAAUUUUUGUAGUUUAUACAUUUAUAUGGUCAUUCAAGUAACUCAUUCAAUUCUGAUUAAACUUUACGCUUUCUAAAUAUCCUAAAUCUAGCAAUCACCGAAAUCAUUUUUACGUUUAAAGUUGUUUACAUCAUUGGAUCGGUAUGCAUAUUCUCUAUACUGAUCUCUACGCAUUUACAAUGAUAUUUAUAUGGAGAAUUUGUCCACCAAUUCAGAGCUUUUCUGGUGGCGGAUCAUUUCCCUGAUUUCAUGACCUUUACGGGUGAUCAUUUUCCUUAUUCUCAUGACCUUAACGUUUGCUUCAAAGCGUUACUGUAAGGAGAAAUAAGAUGUCAAUCACUCUUAGGGAUUGAAAGGUUAAGAGAAACCGAUACAGAGUAGAAUUAAAUAUGGUAUAUGACUCCGGCAUCUUAGCAACAGUGAUGCAAACGUAUGUGAGCAAUCUCAAGUUCUAACUUCAGACAAAAAUUGAACGACACGAGGUUCAAUUACCACUUUUUUACAUCCAUUUGAAAUCGCCCAAAAACGGGACUUGGUUCAAAUAGUUCAAAUAUUUUAUUGAUGCAGCACUGAGCCAGUUUGAAAUUAAAUUCAUCUAUUUUUGGGACGAAAAAAAUAAGAGUUUUGGAAACAAAAGUUGCAAAAUUCGCCACAUGGUACUCUUUGUAUUUCAUUUUCCUGCAAUUUGAUUGGUUACUUUAAACAAACCUGGAAAUCUGAUUCAUUGUUUUAUUUUUAAUGUAGCCUCCUCAUUGGCUGGGAACAAGAUUUGAUUUAAAGCAAAAAAUUGUGCGAUUCGUAAACAAAUCGCACCAAUUAGAGCUAAUCAGAUUACAGGGACCACCAGUGAUUUCAAAAUGGGUGUAAUAAAAUGCGGUAAAUGACUCAUCGCAGCAAUAGUGCUGCAAAGGUUUGCAAGCCAUCUCAAUUUCUGUUAAGAAAAUGACUGUAAAUGAAAUGUAUCGUUUUUCUUGUUCCUUUUCAUCUUCAUUAAUAAUAUACAUGGAAAAUUACUUACUUCUGAUUGGAUAAGAUAAAUGCAGUUUCAGGUAAUUCAUUGCAGAAGAGGGUUAAUUCAGUGCAAAAAGAAAGGAAAAAAAACAGACAUUCUGAUUGGCCAAUAAUCAAAGAACCUCACAGAUAGCCAAUCAAAUGCGAGCCUUCAAUGUCGCAACAUUUAAACACGCUGAAAUCUGUGAUUGAAACAAUGGUCGGAGUUUUAAGUGGUUUUUUUUUCGACACCGAAAAAACAAUCUAGUAGCUGAAAAACAGCUCUAACAACGUUAACACUGUAAAAAGCACCGCUUUUUGGUUGUCGGCUUGGAAAAAGUGGUGAUUAGAGGAGGGAAUUGCCAAGGAUAUCGAAAAUUAGGAGCCGACCCAGCUUAACACUUUGCUCGAUUUUCUACGCCGAAAUUAAGAACAAACAUGGUUAAACCUCGCAAACGACGAUUUCAUUUCAUCGAAAGUAAUUCGGACACAGACUGAACAAAUCCUUGAACUGUUUAGCCGGACUCUGAACUUUUUUGCGCCUUAAAGAUGUGAAAACAUCUUAGUAUUUUAUUGUUUAGAUCGUACGCGAUCGUACCCGAACACACAAUGUCAUUUGCAGGGUUUGGAUGAAUUAUUUUUGCACCUGAUGCGCGCGCUUUACUUCUGCAUAAAUAUGAUAAGCUAUCUCGUAGAUUUUCAUGUAUAUUAUUAAUACGCAAUCACAUGAUUUUUCUCGUAAUUAAGCACUUGUAAAUUUCAUAACAAAACAAAAACCAAAUUGCACGAGCCCGUAGGGCUCGUGCAAUUUGUGGUCUUUGAAAAAAUUUACUCGUGCCUAUUUAUUCCAAAUUGCACUCAAAAUCAUGUGAUCACAUAGACCUAUAUAUUAAAUUUACUUGCAACACUGACACUACUUGAAUAAUUUGGAUCACUACCAAUAUACACCCACAGCUUGCUUACUGAUAUACACCGGCCUAAAUGACUAAAUACAUGAAAAUCAUACAUGUGAACUGCGGUGAAAGAGAUAAGUAUGGAAGCAACCUUCGCAGUAUUGAACACUACUUAAGCAGUAGUGAAAGUAAGGCCUCAAAAAAAGUCAGAAUGUCUCCAUUAGGUGACUGACGUCUACCAUAAAAAUUACUUAAUGCAAUGUCUAAGGGUAAUUUACGCAGAUGGAAAUAGAUCUCUAAUCCAUCAACUUCAACUGUCUCCGUGAUACAUCACACAGAGUUUUCAGUAGUUCCAAGCGUCUUACAUGCUAGUGACGCAGUGCACGAUUUUACAUUUUGGUAAUUUGGCAGAAGCAAUUUGGCAACAUGUCUCGAAUCUUGUCUCCUGGUACCUUCACUGUGCUGUGCUCUCUGAUGUGUGUUGUGAAAUGCGAAGAAGGUAGGCAGAUUUUUUUAUUAAUAUCAGAAAAAUUUUUAAAACUGUUAAUUUAUAAUGCGUUUGAAGCGGGAAUAAAUGAAAAUAAUUCAUUGGGAAUGUUCUAUUUGACUGUUACAAAAAUUCCAUGUUGUCAAAGUUUUCUACCUUACUAUAGGAGAGUAAAAUGUUAAUAAACCUAUUAUGAGGAGAUGUGAAUCUUUUAAGACAGGUGGAAUCUACCUCACGCAAGCUGUUUUAGGCAGGCGGUUGGGAUAAAAGGAUCAUGAAGUUUAGGCUAUAAAUUCGGCACAAAUUCAUAUUGCACUCUCUUUAAUUUGUUAGUAUGCUUUGACGCUGAAGAAAAUACUCCCUACGUGCCGCUCACAAAAUUUCAUAGUAUGACCAUGAAAUUUUGUGAGAUAAAGUGAAGCUUAAUCAUCCAUUAUCUGUAUUCUGCACUGACAUAAUGAACUUGGAAAAACACUGGGCCUUUUAUGAAAGUUGCCCACUAAAUGUUUCUCCAAUCUACAUCCUAGAUCCUAAAUUGCUCGUCUCGAUACUAACUUUUCCUGUAUUGAAAUGCCAAUUCUUCAACAAAAUUUGCAUCUUUCCCCUUUGACAGGUACAGAAUUGAAAAUUCACCUAUCAAUUAUUUACAAAAAAAAUACACUUAUGCUUAAAUUAAAAUCAACCCCAAAAGUUUGUUGAUUUCUGCGAAGUAGUUGAAAACACGAGCUUAAAUGAUCCCAUAACUCAUCACUGAGAUACAAAAAGGCAAAAGUCUCCGAAAAUAAAAACAAAAACAAAACAAAACAUAACAAAACAAAAUUAUAAAUUUCUCCCCGUAAACAUAUAAAUAAACUCUUUCAAUAGGAUAAGUGUCGAUAUUUAUUUACAUAGAAGACAAAACAGAAAGCUUUAAGCCUCUCCUGGGAAACCAUACAGGUUACACCUGCAGCCACUUCAAAAAUAAUACACUGCAUAGUGGUACAUACAACACAAUCUAAGAACAGCGAGCCUACAUGAGAAUUUCGCAAUUUUAAAGAAGUGCUUUAGAAAGCUCGACUAUCUUAUAUUUGAGAUCCUUCUUGUUAAAAAAGAGAAGACCAGACAUUAACCUUAUAGAUCAUUACUCAAUAUUGUAGUAUUCAGUCAUGGCUUGUAGUUGUGCUUGAUCUCAAGUUCUGUUUAGAAAAUGACGGUAAAUUAAAUGUAUCGUUUUUUCUUGUUGCUUUUUUCUUCAUUUAUAUUCUAACUUUACUUGCAACACUGAAACUACUUGAGUAAUGAGAAUCAAUUUCAAAGCCACCAUGAUAAAACUUCUAACAUUAAUACCAAUAUACACCCACAGCUUGCUUACCGAUAUACACUGGCAUAAAUGACUAAAUACAUGAAAAUCAUAUAUGUGACUGCGGUGAAAGAGAUAAAUAUGGAAGCGACCUUCGCAAUAUUGAAGACUACUUAAGCAGUAGUGAAAUUAAGACCUGAAAAAAGUCAGAAUAUCUCCAUAAGGUGUCUGACGUCUACCGUAAAAAUUACUUAACGCAAUGCUUAAAGUUAAUUUACGUAGAUGUAAAUAGAUCUCUAAUUCAUCAACGUUAAUUGUCUUCGUUGAACAUCACAACGGGUCUUCAGAAGCUCCAGGCGAGAAACGUCUUGCAUGCAAGUAACGCGGUGCACGAUUUUACAUUUUGGUAAUUUGGCAGAAGUAGUUUUGUAACAUGUCUCGCAUUGUGUCGCUUGGUACCUUCAUUAUGCUGUGCUCUCUGAUGUGCGCUAUGAAGUGCGAAGAAGGUGGGUAGAUUUUUUAAUCAAUAUAAGGGGAAAACUUUUUAAAUUGUUAUUUUAUAAUGUGUUUGAAGCGGGAAUAAACAAAAGUAAUUAAUUGCGAGUGUUUUAUUGUGACUAUUACAAAAAUUCCAAGGUUUUCAAAAGGUUCUACCUUCUUAUAGGAGAUUAAAAUGUUUAUAAAGCUAUUAUGGGGAGACUUUAAUCUUCAAAGACAGGUGGGAUCUAACUCACGCAAGUUUUUUUAAGCAGGCGGUUGGGAUAAAAGGAUCAUGAAGUUUAGGCUAUAAAUUCGGCACAAAUUCAUGUUGCACUCUCUUUAAUUUGUUAGUAUGCUACGUACCGUUACUGUCAUGAGUAUGACUAUGAAUUUAGUCAGCUAAAGUGAGCUUAAUCAUCCAUUUUUCUCUCAGCAUAUUUACACAACGAAAUAAAUAAGUAGAAAACUUCAAAAAUAUCUCCUGAAAGUCUAAUUAGUCCUUUAACUGUCGAUUUAAAAAUGGUUAUCGAUUAGCAUCAGAAGCAAAAAUGUAGAAUCGUAAAAGCGGUCGAAAUGGCGACACAACCUUUUUAUCCCGUGAACUUCUGAAAUAAAUUUAAUCAUUUUUAUGGCUUCAAACUCACGGGUAAGGAAUUAGCUUCGAUAAAACAAAGUAAUGUCCUUUAUUUAUCUCAGAGACUGGAAUUUAAAGGGAACACAAUCAUCUUGAAAGAAAUAGCCGAAUUUAGUUUUGUUUCAUCUUUUUAUCAUCAUUGUCUGUAUUCUACACUCAUAUAAUGAUCUUGGAAAAACACUGGGACUUUCAUGAAAGCUGCCCACUAAACAUUUUUUAAAUUUACAUCUUAAAUCCUAAAUUGCUCGUCUCGAUACUAACUUUUCGUGUUUUGAAAUGCCAAUUCUUCAACAAAAUUUGCAUCUUUCCCCUUUGACAGGUACAGAACUGAAAUAUCACAUAUCAAUUAUUUCCAAAAAAAUACACUUAUGCCUUAAUUGAAAUCAGCCCCAUGAAAAAAGUUUGGUGACUUCUGCAAAGUAGUUGAAAACACGAGCUCAAAUUAUCCCAUAACUCAUCAGAAACAAAAGGCGACGCAUCAAGGACAAACGCGAAAAUUAUAAAAUAGAACGAAUCUUUCUCAAGGCAACGUCUGUCGCAAUCCUGCUUGUUUAAGUCUACGAAAAUAAAGAAGAAAAAAAAAGAAAACAGAACACAAAAAAUUAUAAAUUUCUCCUCCUAAAUAUAUUUAUUUGAAAAGACAAAACAGAGGCUUUAAGCCUCUCCUGAGAAACCAUACAGGUUACACCUGCAGCCACUUCCAAAACAGCACACUGCAUAGUGGUACAUACAACACAAUCCAAGAACAGCGAACGUAGUGAGAAUUUCGCAAUUCUAAAGAAGUGCCCUAGAAAGCUCGACUAUCUUAUAUUCGAGAUCCUCCUUAUAAAAAAGAAAAGACCAGACAUUAAACUUACAGAACAUUACUCAAUAUCGUAGUAUUCAGUCAUGGCUUGUAGUUUUGAUUGAUUCUAGGUUAGACCAUAAAGUCUAGGGCGGGCCAUUCAACCUCGUCAAGUUUAGGCAACGACAUGAUUUCGAGUGCAAUUUGGUGUAAAUAAGCACGAGUAUACAUAUUUUUCAAAGACAAGAAAAUUACACGAGCCCGUAGGGCAAGUGCAAUUUGUAGUCUGAAAAUUUUGCCAUUCCUUAUUACACCAAAUUGCCGGGGGGAAUCAUGUUAUUACUUGUUAUAAUGUACAUGAAAAAAACAUCAGGAGGUAAAGACAGACGAAAUUUUGAAAGUGUGCGCGCACUAUUUGUAUUUUGCCCUCGUGUUACGACUUUGGACCUGCGUUAUGACUUUGCAAUCGUGUUGCACUCGUUUUCAGCCAAUCAGAAGCGCAUAAUUUUUUCAUGUACACUAUUAAUAAAGUUAUUUAUUUAUAACACACUUACCCAGACUCCAUUCGGGUGAAAUUUUUUGUAGGAAUACAAAGCACACUUUCAAGCUUUGUUCUCAUUAAAGAAUCAUUUAUGUACCUUAACAUUUCUAUACAUAUUUACAUGUAGUACAUCAAUUAUGCCAAUCCCUUUCAAUUUUGACAAUGAUAACAGGAUGUAAUCGAAACGUCAUGUUAUGAUUUUUCGUUGAUUCAAAUUCGUACACUCUUUGUAUUACGUUGAUUGCAGUUUGUCUACCAAUUUCUCUACCUCCAUCGCUUCCCUGUUAUUUACCUCUACCACUAAAUCCGGUGUCCUUGUCAAAUAGAGCAUUCACUUGUAACCAGUGGUAUUAUGUUCUUCUUAUCGGAAAAUAUCAUUCUUUUCUAUAGACCAAUGUCGUCAACUGGAGUUCACGGCUGCCCUUGCAUUUGGAGGAAAACGGCUGCUUAACCACACGAUAAAAGAAGUUGACAACGUCGCAAAGCACUUCUGUGGAGCAUUGUGUUUCAUGGAACCCAACUGUGUCAGCUAUAAUAUACUAGUAUCCAAUGAUUCUCCCUCGAUCACCAAAUGCGAGAUGAAUGACGCUACUCAUUUUGAACACCCGAGUGAUCUGGUGUCAUUUCCAAACAGCACCUAUCGUGGAUCCAAGGUGUGUUUAUAGUUGCAAUGAUUAGGAUAAUAGAGGUCUUCUUUUGGCCUAUCCGUAUGUCUUUGUAACAAUUCAACUUUUUACUGGUUUAUUCACAUCUUUUUUUUUAUCUUGACUGUAAAUAUAUAAAAACCAUACAUGUGAACCGAGGUUAAAGAAAUAAAUUUAAAAGCGAUCUUCGCAUUAAUGAACACUGCUUAAGCAGUAGUGAAAACAAGGCCUGAAAAAAUCAGGCUUGUAUGGGAUUUGAACCCAUGACCUUUGCGAUAUCGGUUCAGCGCUCUACCAACUGAGAGCUGGUCCGCAGUUCAUAGAUAUGAUUUUCAUAUGUUUACAGUCGUUUAUUCUUCCCUUCACGGGUUUAUUUGGAACCUGCAUAAUGACCAGCUCCCAGUUGGCAUACACAACAGUUUGGUCAAGUGCUUUCAACUAUCAUUGUCUGCAAUUAACGCGACUGGUACAGAGACGUAG